AUGAAGUUGUGGUCAACUGCAUUGUUUCAGAAGAAUCGAGGGGAAUUGGAGUUGGCCAAAGUCCAAAUUGAACAGAAGUGGAUUACUUACGAGUUUGUCAUAAGUCUCUUCGCUCACAGGGGACUUGUGUUUUUCUUAGUCUGCUUAACGGCGGUAAAACAUCCCCUGUGUAAAGCUAGCAAGGUGAACCCACUACUUGCCCAGUCUGCGAGGUAUCGUUGUCGUCAAUCAGCUCACAAAAUUUCGCGUUCUCCGUGGAAACAUGACUAUAGAUAUCGGAAGUAUCCCAUUGCUUUUCAAACACAUUGAAUCUUAGCAGGUACACAAGCGCACAAGUUGGAAGCUGUUGUCUUUUGCUUUCCUAUAA